UUUGAACGUGCAUGCGCGAUCACUCGGCCCAUCUGAGAUCUGACAGGCAGGAAAUACGAUUCCGUAUCAGACGUUAAAAUGGCUGAGCUAAUUUCGGUGCCGCUUAAGAAACCGUCUGAUGUAGAUGUCAUUAAACCACUUACGAAUGUUAUCAAAUCAACGUAUAAUGGCGCGAGUAAUCAGAAGGAUUAUACAGAGGCGAUUACCGAGUUCAGUAAAUUAAGGAACAAUGCUUUAUGGAGGGCUUUCGAGAAAUAUGAAAGUUCAUUGGAGGUUAUAUACAGUUAUUAUGAUCAGUUGUGUGCAUUGGAGGGCAAGAUUCCUGCUCACGAACUACAAAUCCCAUUUAAAUGGAAGGACGCAUUUGACCGUACCAUAUUUGGUGGGAAACUUAGUUUAACAAUCAGUACAUUGGCAUAUGAAAAGGUAUGCGUAUUAUUCAAUAUUGCUGCUUUGCAAAGUUCAGUAGCAGCAACACAAUCUCUGGAAAGUGAUGAAGGAUUAAAGCUGGCAGCAAAAUUGUUUCAGCUAUCUGCUGGUAUCUUUAAUUAUCUUAAAGGGAAUGUUAUGAUGGCUAUUCAACAAGAACCAACGCCCGAUAUUAGUCCAGAAACAUUAGGCGCAUUAUCUUCGUUGAUGCUUGCUCAAGCUCAGGAAAUAUUUGUACAUAAAGCAAUUCAUGAUGCUAUGAAAGAUGGAAUUGUUGCUAAAUUAGCUGCACAGGCAGAGGAAUUGUACGCGGAUACGUUAAAGUUGUUUCAGAAAGAGAUUUUUAGAGCAUUUUGGGAUAAAGAAUGGGUUCCAUUGAUAGCAGGGAAACAAGCUGGAUAUCGCGCGAUGACUGAAUUUUAUCAGUCGUUGGUAUGUAAAAACGGUAAAUCAAUUGGAGAACAAAUCGCUAGAUUGGAGUGUGCUGUGGAACUAUUCAAAGCGGCACAACAACGCUCGUAUAAACCUAAUUUGUUUCAAGAAUACGCUAACAGAGCACAAAGGAAUUUUACAGAAGUGAAAAAAGAUAACGAUUUUAUUUAUCAUGAAAGAAUACCAGACGUGAAAUCUUUAGAACCUGUGGGAAAAGCUAAUGUUGCAAAAUUGUUACCAUUACCUGAAACCUUCAGCUCUAGUUUUAAAGAUCUUUUCUCCGACUUAUUGCCCGUUAGCGUACACCAAGCGUUGUCAUCUUACGAAGUUCGUCGCAACGAGCUGGUUAACUCAGAAAUUUCAAAACUACGCGAAAUGACGCAAGUCCUAAACAGCGUUUUGGCAAGUUUAAAUUUACCGGCAGCUAUUGAAGAUACAAGUGGAACUGAAUUACCUCAGUCCUUGUUGGAGAAAGCUCAGUAUGUCAAAGAGUCAGGUGGAAUCAAUGCUUUGGAAAUUGCUAUGAAAGAAUUGCCAGAUCUUUUACAACGAAAUAAGGAACUUUUAGAUGAGUGUGACCGAAUGCUUCAAGAGGAACGUGAAUCCGAUGAUCAGUUAAGGGAACAGUUUAAGGAACGCUGGACAAGAAUACCCAGUGCACGUUUAACAGAGCAAUUCACUGUUGUUUUACGAAAAUAUCAUGAAAUUAUUAACAAUGCUGUUGCGGCCGAUAAGAUUAUACGCGAAAAAUACGAAAAUCAUAAAAAUGGUAUGGAAACCUUAAGUUUGAACGAUAGCGAUCUGAUUAAUGCUGUACCAACUGGAUUAGCUGUUCAAGAAAGUAAUACCGUGGCACAACUUAGGAAGCUAAUGGACGAUGUUGCGACAUUAAAAGCAGAACGUGACGUUAUAGAAAGUGAAAUAAAAUCUGCUACUACCGAUAUGAAAGUUACAUUUUUGUCGGCACUUGCUAAAGACGGUGCCAUCGACGAGCCAAAUUUAUCCGUAGAAAGUAUAGGAAAAACGUACGGACCUUUGCAAAAACAAAUAAGGGAUAGCGUUUCCCGACAAGAGCAACUAAUUGCUGAAAUUCAAAGAUGUCAUGUAGAAUUUACGAACGAACAGUCGGGUAGUGGCAGUUCAAGAGAAACGAUGUUAUGCAAAUUAGCAGCUGCUUAUGACGCAUUUAAAGAAUUAACAAACAAUUUGAAAGAGGGUGCUAAAUUUUACAAUGAUCUAACAUUGUUGUUAGUGGUCUUCCAAAACAAAAUAUCAGAUUUCUGUUUCGCUCGAAAAACUGAAAAAGAGGAACUAAUGAAAGAUUUAACAACAAAUUUGAGCCAUAGUGGUCCAGCUACAACUCCCAACAUACCAGCGCAUCACAGUGGAGCAUCUGGACAAAGUCAACCUUUAACAGAACAAAGCGGAUCGACACAAUUACCGUAUCCUACAUAUUUUCAAGGUGGAAUGCCUAUGCCAUACGGAGCCGGGCUCGCUACACCGUAUCCCGCAUAUAUGCCUCCUCCCAUGCCUGCCACGUAUAACCCAUACGCAACAAUGCCUUACCCUCCGCAAGGGGGUUAUAUUCCGUAUCAAGGCAUGCCUCAGACUCCUUACAGCGGUUAUGCAACCCUGCCACGCUAUACUGGUAAUCAUCCUCCCCAAGGGCACAAUCCAUUCUGAGGAAUAAAGUAUAUUUUACACGCACUGUGAUUAAACAAAUGUAGCUAUAUGACUUUAUGAAAUUGGAAAAGCUUAUACGCGAUAAUGUUGCAGAAAUUGGAGUUGAAGUAUAUAAAAUAUGUGAAUAUAAAUAAAUUUUGUUUACGGAAAUACACGAAUUAAGACUCCCCGAUCAUGGUUUAACUAUUGAUGGAAAAGAAAUUUUUUUUACUAUUACUAUGUACGAGCGUAUACACCUGUACACAUAUGUAUACACCUUAUCUUCAUUUUACGAUUACUAUAA